UCAAAAUGGCGUUGCUGUCAAAUGCCAACCUCCUCUAAAUGACAUUGUCAGUGUACGUCAAACUCAGUUAACGAAAGCAAGUCGCAGGAGCAUAACAACUUUUGUUUAUCAAGAAAUUCUUGCUUAAAAGCGUGAAAUAAACCGCAAAAAUGGGGAAGAAAGCAGAAGUUGGAACGCCCAAGUACUUGGCAAACAAAAUGAAAGCCAAGGGUCUGCAGAAACUGCGCUGGUAUUGCCAAAUGUGCCAGAAACAAUGUCGCGACGAAAACGGCUUCAAGUGCCACAUGAUGUCCGAGUCUCACCAACGGCAAAUCCUCCUCUUUGCCGACAACUCCAAGAAGUACAUGGAUGAGUUUUCCUAUGAGCUGAGUAAAGAAUUCAUUCAGAUCCUGCGACGUCAAUUCAGCUCAAAACGUGUGCUUGCCAACCGUGUGUAUCAAGAGUACAUCGCCGACAGGAAUCAUGUACACAUGAAUGCCACACGUUGGGUAACUCUCGGCGGGUUUGUACGAUAUCUCGGAGCGACUGGAAAGUGUCACAUAGAAGAAACUGAAAAAGGCUGGUAUAUUACCUACAUUGAGAAGGAUGCAGAUGCCAUUGCAAGGGAAAAGAAACGCGAGAAGCGCUUGAAGAUGGAAAAAGACGACGAUGAAAAGGAUGCGGAAUUCAUUCAGAAACAGGUGCAAUUUGCACUUGAAAAGGCUGGACCCUCUUCCGAACCAGUGGCACCUACAGAAUUAGUAAGGGAAAAUGAAGAGGAGAAAAUUAAGUUAAAUAUAAACCUUGAACAGAAACCAAAGUCUAUGGUAAUGCCACUUAAUCAAUUAAUUGUUAAAAAGAGCCAACGUGAUUCAUCAUUCAAAAAACCAAAACUGCCAGUUCAACAAGGAAAGAAGAGAGCCAUUGAUGAACUUAUGGAACAAGAGGAAAUCAAGAAAGAAAAAUCAAACAGGAAGGAACACUGGAUUACAGAAGGAAUUGUUGUGAAAAUUGUAACAAAAUCACUAGGUGAUGAAUUUUAUAAAACCAAGGGAGUUAUUAGAGAAGUGCGCGAUAAAUUUACGGCGAUUGUCAAGCUUUUUGAUAGUGGGAAGAAGGUGAAACUUGACCAGGCACAUCUGGAGACUGUUAUACCUGCAAUUGGCAAAGAUGUUCGCAUUGUCAAUGGAGCAUAUCGCGGGGAAACUGCAAGAUUGCUUAGGAUAAACGAAAAACAUUUUUGUGCUGAUUUAGAGAUCUCUAAAGGUGUUUUGUUAGGACGAAAAUUAAACGGGAUUGAAUAUGAGGACUUUUCUAAAUUAGAUCAGGAAUAAAAUUAAGUUUAAAUGAUUUUUGUACAUAUUAUA